AUGUCUCCCGAGCUCGAUAAAAUGGUCGCAGGCGGACUGGAAGAGCAAGACACAAUUUCACCCGUUCAAGUCGACAACUAUUCCAUCCCCCAGAGCCGGUCAGAUUCAAUUGAUCAGGUUGAAAAUAUAAAUGGGAGAUUUGUUCCCACCUCCUCGGCUUCUCUGCAGAGACCGGCUUCCGCGGUCGUUUCCAUGAUGGACGCUGAUCAUACUGGUCUCGACAAAGAUUUGUUCAAUCAAUAUUUCACUACGCUAGAGCAAACAGAUGAUUUGUUCGGCUGUGCUUUGCAACAAGACAGUGCAGUCCCACUAAGUGAAGAUGGAGGCGCAACUAUCGAUAUAUCCAGUCCAAUAGACAAUCAAUCCUCUCUCGAGGACAGCUUCACAUUCUCUACCGAAGGCUCGUCCCCUUUUCGGUCCCUCAACUCCCUCUCACAACCCAUGACCUUCCCGAGCACGAGUUCACGUUCGGAAAAAAGCAGCAAUCGUAGCCGCUGCGCCUCUAUAGACUCGUCCGUGCAAUCUGACUCGACCCCUUACAGCUGCCAGUGCACCAGGAUUGCUCUCAAGAUUCUUGAAAUGCUUUCCAGUCAUUUCAAACCCGCCGAGGGUCUGUACUCCGUGGAGCAAGCACUCUACACACUGAAACGAAACAUCAGACGAUGCCAGUCCCUGGUCCAAUGCUCGGCGUCUGGGCGAGACUCCGGGGUUGAAUUGCUAGUCAUUGUGCUAUGUGAAAAGAUGACGGCAAUCUUCGAGGAGAUCUCAGCGGGCUGGGAACGCCAAUUGCAAGCUGUCGCGCGCACGCAAAAGAAGCCAUGCGCUGCGCCUGCUAUCGGCGGGGUAGACCCCACACAAAAUGAUUUCAGGUACUCUCAGUAUUCAAGGAUAGCAAUAGGGGGCUACCAAAUCGAUACGAUAGAGGAACGGCACAAGGUGUUUGGGUUGCUGGUUCAGCUGCAGUUGAUGCGGCUGAGUGAAAUAAUGACCACACUGAGGAAGAAUGCCAUGGCUAAUGAUUCGGAGUCGCAUCUGGCUAUCUUGAUGCCCACAAAUCAGAAGGUCGAGAAUUUGAAGGCGGCACUAGAUAAAAUUACGAUAUCAUACUCUUAA